AUGGAACUUCCACAACUCAAACCAGCUCAAAGGCUUCUCACAACAUUGUUCUUGUUCUUACUUGCUAGUUUGGGUGUCUCAUUCCCUUCAGAGCCUCAAGGCAAUAAUAGGCAAUGGCACAUGACUUCAAAUGUGAAGGAAAUAGCAGGAAAGUCUUAUGACUAUAUUAUAGUUGGGGGAGGCACAUGUGGUUGUCCAUUAGCUGCUACACUAUCAGAGAAAUUCUCAGUGCUACUCAUAGAAAGAGGUAGUUCCCCAUAUGGUAAUCCCUUGGUGAUAGAUAGGAGAUACUAUGGCUUUCCAUUUCUUAAAACAGACAAAUACAUGUCAGUGGCACAAAGUUUCACUUCACAAGAUGGAGUUGGCAAUGUGAGAGGAAGAGUUCUUGGAGGAUCAUCAGCUAUAAAUGGGGGCUUUUAUAGUAGAGCAAGUGAGGAAUUUGUUAGCAAAGUUGGUUGGGACAAGCAUCUAGUCAAAGAAGCUUAUGAAUGGGUGGAAUCAAAGGUUGUCUUCCCUCCUUUUUUUCUCUCACCAUGGCAAUCUGUUGCUGAAUUCAGCCUCCUUGAAGCAGGAAUUUUACCAUACAAUGGCUUCAGCUUGGAACAUAUCAAGGGAACCAAGAUUUCUGGGAGUGUGUUUGAUGCAUUUGGAAAGAGGCACACCUCAGCGGACCUUUUGGAUGCAGGGAAUCCAAAGACCCUCACAGUCCUUCUGAAUGCCACAGUAAAGAGUAUCAUCUUUCAUUACAAUAGUUACAAGAAUGAAACCAGAGCUAUGGGUGCAAGGUUCAUACAAAGUAAUGGCAGCUUGGAUGACACCUAUGAAGCUUACAUCAAAAAGCUAAAUAAUUCAAGUUCAAGGGGUGAUGUCAUAUUGUCAGCAGGUGCAUUAGGUAGCCCCCAACUUCUGCUGCUAAGUGGCAUAGGACCAAAAGAAGAACUGAGAAGGUUCAACAUUCCACUAGUUCUUGACUUAAAAGGGGUUGGACAAGGAAUGCAAGACAACCCUUGCAUAGCAGUUUUGGUGGAUUCUAAGCCACAGAAUAGGCUUCCUGAUCCACCACAAAUUGCUGGCAUAACAGAUGACUUCAAAAUCAUAGUUGAAGCAUCAAUACUUCCCCUAAGUUCCAAUGCAUCAAGGGUUAAUGUUGCUGCCAAGGUGGCAAUGCCUACUUCAAAAGGAAUGCUUGAACUGAAUAACACAGACCCAAGGCUGAACCCUUCAGUGAGAUUCAACUAUCUAGCAAGUGAAAAUGACAUGGAAGAAUGUGUCAAGAUGACAAAACUACUUGAUCGAAUUGCUAGGUCAAAGUCUAUAGCAUUUUUCCUUGGCGAGUCACGGCAAGAAAAAUUGACAUCUACUGAGGUUGAUCUGAGAAACUUUUGCAAGAAAAAUGUGAGAACUAUCUAUCACUAUCAUGGGGGUUGUAGAGUUGGAUCUGUUGUUGAUGAGCACUACAAGGUUUAUGGUAUAAAGGGAUUAAGAAUAUUAGAUGGCUCAACUUUUUUAGAGUCACCAGGCACAAACCCCAUGGCUACCCUUCUGAUGCUAGGAAGAUACCAAGGAAUCAAGAUUCUAAGAGAAAGGGAAGCAGUUUCUGGCUUAAACAUCAAAGAAAAAAUACAAUAA